AUGGCUCUGCCACCUCGGCGCUUCGGCCCGCGCAACUUGCUGCUGGCGGCCGGUACCUUUUUUGCAUCAUCCCAACUAGUCUACGACUACACUGGCCAAUCCAUUUACCAGCGGUUUCAGCGACGGGCCAACCAGUUCUCGGCCUUCCAAACACAAGACCUUCCUCCCGCAGCGCUACAACGGCAGGCGGCUAUGCGCACCGAGCGUGAGCGGCGACGGCAACUAGUGGAGGGGCUGAGCGGGCCCGAGGCGACAGACGGUACAGCUGCGGAUCCGCCUAAUGCCGGCAAGCUGCAUAGCCUUUGGAUGGGCAAUGAAAAGGAGGACUGGAUCAAAGAGCGGGCGCGGCGGGAGCAGGAGACGCUGGAGUCGGGCGGCGGAUACUGGGACCUGAUCAUGAACCAGAUUGGUGAGGUGGCGGCAGAUCUGAUGGGCAGAGGAAAGAAGACUCAAGAAAACCCAACAGCGCCGCCAAAAGCAGACAACGCUGGGAAGUAG